AUGAACAGUGGCGGUGGCGGGCUGCAGAGCGUGGGCUGCAAGGUGAAGUACUGCCGUUACUAUGCCAAGGACAAGACCUGUUUCUACGGCGACGAAUGUCAAUUCCUGCACGAGGAUCCCAACAAUGGCGGCGCUUCCGCGAGCCUCGGUCUUGUCGUCAAUAACAACCACCCGGGACUGGUCGCGGCUACGGCAGCGGUCGGAGGUGGCGGCGGGGGAGGAGCUGCUGGCGGUGUCGCCUCCGUUAGCGGCUGUGGAGGGGGUGUUAGUGGUGGCGGGAUAACAGCGGCCGGCGGAGGCGGAUUCCCCCACGGAGGGCUCAAGAAAGCCGAGAUCAGCAGCUUGGUGGAACCCGGGCAGCUUCUCACCAUUCCAGGAAUGGAUACAACAAUACCAGAUAACCUCACCAACUCGUACUUCAGCAGCAGCUUUAUUGGGGUCAAUGGCUUUGGAGGAGGGCCAGCUGAGCCAAAGUACCCUUUGAUUCAGAGGCAAGCUAAUAGCAGCAGCUCACCUAGCCUGUUGAGUGAUUGUGCCAAAGCUUAUGCUUGUGCAGGACAUGAUCAACUAAGUUUACCUGCCUCAUUGUUCAGUGAUUUCUCUAGCCUCAACAUCUCCCAAAGGAGAAAGGCACCAAAUCCAGCUGCAAGUGAGUUCAUCCCAAAAGGAGGAUCAACCCCAAGGCUGAGUUCUGUGUCCCAGUCCAAUAUGUCUGCCUUUUCACCAGCCUUAUUCUCUCAUCCAUCAUUGGGCAGUCCAUCAGCAGCUGUCUUAGCUCCAGGAAUGUCCUUAUCAGCUGGAUCGUCUCCUCUGCACUCUCCAAAAAUAACUCCUCAUACAUCACCUGCCCCUCGAAGAAGGAGCCAUACUCCAAAUCCAGCAAAUUUCAUGGUAGCUACUAGUGCCUCUACACCAGUGUCUGAUGCAGUCUCUCAGUCUUCAUCUUCUGGUCAGGUGAUACAAAAAGAAACUGUGGGAGGGACAACUUACUUCUAUACUGACACAACUCCAGGACCUCUUCCAGGAAUGGUAUUUCCAACAUAUAUUUAUCCUUCAUCUGCACCCCAUGUUGCUUAUAUGCAACCCAAAGCAAAUGCACCUUCUUUCUUUCUGUCCGAUGAACUCAGACAGGAAUUGAUCCACAAGCAUUUAAUAACUAUGGCACAAGUUGACCAAACAGAAAAUCCAGGGUUUCCAACUGAAGUGGACAGUUACCACAGUCUUUUUCCUUUGGAGCCCCCACCAGCUAACCGGUUACAAAAAACAAGUAAUUUUGGUUUCAUUACGUCAUGUUAUAAAGCUAUCAGUAGCAAAGACGAUCUCCCAUACUGCCUACGCAGGAUACAUGGCUUUCGUCUUAUUAACACGAAGUGUAUGGUCUUAGUAGACAUGUGGAAGAAGAUACAGCAUUCAAACACGGUAACACUUAGAGAGGUAUUCACUACCAAAGCAUUUGGAGAACACUCACUUGUAUUUGCAUAUGAUUUCCAUGCUGGAGCAGAGACCAUGAUGAACAGGCACUUCAAUGACCCUAGUGCUGAUGCCUAUUUCACAAAAAGAAAAUGGGGUCAGCAUGAUGGACCUCUCCCUCGUCAACAUGCAGGAUUAUUGCCCGAGUCACUUAUCUGGGCCUAUAUUGUCCAAUUAAGCUCAGCACUGCGGACCAUUCAUACUGCAGGACUAGCCUGUCGUGUGAUGGAUCCAACCAAGAUUCUUAUAACUGGUAAAACCAGGUUGCGUGUAAAUUGUGUUGGAAUUUUUGAUGUCUUAACUUUUGAUAGUAGUCAAAAUAAUCCACUGGGAAUGAUGCCUCAGUAUCAGCAAGCUGAUCUGAUAUCUCUGGGAAAAGUGGUUUUGGCCUUGGCAUGCAAUUCUGUGGCAGGAAUUCAGCGAGAGAAUAUACAAAAGGCUAUGGAUUUGGUGUCACUCAAUUAUUCUUCAGACCUGAAAAACCUAAUUUUAUAUUUGUUGACUGAUCAAAAUCGGCUGCGCAGUGUAAAUGAUAUUAUGCCAAUGAUCGGUGCCAGAUUUUACACACAGUUGGAUGCUGCACAGAUGAGAAAUGAUGUCAUAGAAGAUGAUCUGAUGAAGGAGGUGCAAAAUGGAAGGCUGUUUAGGCUGCUAGCAAAAUUGGGAACAAUCAAUGAGAGGCCAGAAUUCCAGAAAGAUCCAACCUGGUCAGAAACAGGUGACCGAUACCUGCUAAAACUGUUUAGAGAUCAUCUUUUCCACCAGUUAACUGAAGCAGGUACUCCGUGGAUCGAUCUCAGUCACAUUGUCUCCUGUUUGAACAAGUUGGAUGCUGGUGUUCCAGAAAAAAUAAGUCUUGUUUCUAGAGAUGAAAAAAGUGUUCUUGUGGUGACUUAUGCUGAUUUAAAGCGCUGCUUUGAAAGUGCUUUCUCAGAACUCCUGGCAGCUUCUAACGGGCAGUUGUAGUAUUUGCUGUGGUCAGGCAAAAUAUUGCUGAAGAACAAUAUAAAGAGCUAAUUGCACUACAGCUGUACUAAUGCCACCUCAUUUUACAUUUAAAAGACAAAUGUAAAUGAGCAGCGCUGCUUGCACGUUGAUCAGGUACACUGUUACUUGAAGGAAGAACGUCCAUUACAGGAGCUAGGACUGCCAUCUAUAUCUGUCAAGACUGCUUUUAAAGUGGGAAAUAACAUCAGAUGCAUGAUGAUCCCAGUUUUAUUUUUUCACGUGUUUAUGCACUAAUUUUAAGUUCAGGAUGUGAUCUUUAAAGAUUUACGACAUGUAAUUCUGAUAAGGGAAAUUUGUUACCUUUAGAAUUGUUUUCUGGGUAACAGUGUAUGCCUGUAAGGAAGAUGAAGAGAUUUUGCUGCACACAAGCCUAUGGCAAGAAUGAGGUGGGAUGCCAUUGGAAAUGCUACUUGGUAAACUGCAUUCCGGUGAGUUAUGUUUCUGGCAAACGGUGUGCUGGACUUCAGACUGACUGCCGUGUUCUAUCACUCAGAAAACCAAACAACAAGAAGCAUAUUUUUAUGGAAAUCAGGUGGAAUACUAUGGACGCUAUACUUGUAGGAACUAAACAACUCCAGUAUGUCAGUGGUGAUGGCAUCUAUCACAGCUACACAUCUUUCAUAAUAAAAUUUAAAGUAGCUUUUUUUGCUUCAUACAGCUACCAGCGCCUUUUUGGAAAAUGAAUUCAUUGUAAGUAAUAAACAGGUAAAAUAGCUCUACAUUUAUGCAAGCUUUUUUUUUAUAGGAGACUAAUUUUUAAAUUGAGUUCAAUGCCUGAAAUCUCAGGAGUGGAUUACAUUUUGUUAUGUACCAUUUAAUUUUGUAUAAAGUUCUAUUAUUUGAACAGCAGCUUUAUUAGGGUACUUUACACUGGAUAUGAAAGCAAAGGAACUUUAAGUACAAUAACAUAAAAAAGCAGCAAUUAUUUGACAGUAGUAACCUGUGCAAUUAAACUACUUCAUUUUGGAAGGAUUGUGCACUGUUGUGCCUUUACAAUGCUGUUUGCCCCAAAAUUGGCUUUGCGAUUACUCAUAUGAUUUUUCAGUAUCUUACAAACUGUAUCUCUUUUCCAGGAAACUACUUCAUUUGCUGAAUCAAAUUCUAAACAUGUUUUCAUUUGUUGAAAUGGAUCCAUUUAGGGAAAUGAGAGAAACAUAUCAAAAUAUAAUGCAGAUUUGUUUAACUCAAGAGUCAUAUAUGACUGCCAAAUUUUUUGGACAAUUUAAAGAAGAGGAUAUAAAGAAAAUGAAAUCAAGUAAUGACUGAUACAUCUUUUCUUCCCAGUAUUAAAUGUUAUAUAGCAUUAGUUGUUUUAUAUAUAAUGCAAAUGAAUGCUAAUACUGAGUAUAGAGCAAAGCAGUCUUUACAAUUGAACUUUCUUUCUCAUUAAUCCAAUAUUACCAACGUAAAGUUUUGCACAUUGGAUUUGCUUAAGUAUUGACAAAAAUAUUCAUGCUUAAAGUUUGGAAGGUGUUUAUUCAACAACUGCAAUGAGAUUCAUUUUAUCACCAUUUGUUAAAAUUAAUGGGGAAGGACUACAUAUAUUUGCGAUUUUGAUACAUUUGUAUGCAUCUUCUGCAAAUUGGCUUAUAAGGUAGCAGUACAAGCAAUCACAGUGGUUCCCUCAUUUUGGUUGUAAAGGAAUUGAGGACACUUUACUAUGUUCUUUCAAGGAUAAUGUCCUAAGUAAAGUCAUGUCAAUAGCUCAUCUGUUUGACAGAAGCAGCUGUUUUUUUGUAUGUUUUGGGGAAAAUGCAUUCUUUUAUAUAAAACCAUUUAAAAAAAAAUUUAAAAAUGGUAUUCUGACAUGAUGAAAAGAAAUACUGUAUUUAUAUCAUUCUGUACAUUUCAAAAGUUUCUUGUUUAAUAUUUGUGAAUGAUUGCUGAAAGGGGAUCAUCUCUAACUUUUAAGUGUGUGCUUGGCCUUUCACAUUCUCAGUAUGGACCAAUAUUUGGGUAAUAGGCAGAAAUAAGUGAGGCUUCAAUUUUGAUGUAUUAUUCAACCAGCACACUGCCUCUGGAUUAUCAAAAGCAAAAAAAAUGUUAUCUCUGCAUUAGUAAAAUACUGGAUUCUUACAUCUACUGUCAUUUCAAUGAGUAGCUAAAUGCCCACAAUAUUCAUUUGAAUAUUUUCAUGAUCUAAUCCAAGUUAGCAUUUGUAUAUCAGGGCAAAUAUUUUUACUCCAUGUUAUUAUAUUUACCAACUCUAGUCAUCAUGAGGUUUUAGGUCCACACCUAUAAAUUAAUUCUCAGAUAAAAUUUGGGAAAUUCCAAUAGUUCUUAACAGGUUCCAGUUCAUGCAGUUAAGAAUAUUUGCAGAUUGGGCUUUGAUGUUGGUAUUGAUUUCUUAAAAUAUGAAAUCUUAGGCACAUGCCCAUUAAUGAUCGGCUGUUCCAAGAAGGAUGAUAAUGGUUUAAAGUACAUCGUGGAUAAUGUGCUACCUUUUGAUGAUCCAGUGCCAGCCCCUGAAAUCACAUGGUGACUUCAGCUUUUGAAAUCAUGUAUUCUUUGAAAAUCUUUUCAAUUAUAGACAGGAUUUUCUGUUGGCUAAUGCUGUUUAAAACAAUUUGCAUAUGUAUUACUAUAAUUUUUUUAUAUACUCUAUAAGUGAGUUUUUUUGUAAGAAAACCUUGUAAACAUACCCUGUGUGUUCUACUUUGGCCUUAUUUUGUUUAUUUUUGUACAGAAAAGAAGUCCUUAAACCAGCUAUCCCAUAUUAAUGAAUUUUGUCUUAUGUCCCCUCCUCUGUGUUAAAUGUUUCCACCUGAUUUAAACUUUUGUAUGUACAGCAGUAUUUUAAUAAAGAAUACCAGAAUGUAA